AGCUGUCAGGCUCUCACGAGGCUCCAAAUACAAAAUGGCAAACUCCGCCGCCCUGCUCCACUCACUCCUCUCCACCGCCUGGACGCCGCGCCGCCGCCUCGACCGAGCCUCGGCCACGCGGCUCGCCCCGUCCCCCGGCCCGCCCUGCCGCUCCCGCCGGCCGGCCCGCUCCGUGCGCCCGAUGGCGUCGUCGACGACCGCGGCCCGGGCCGACGCGGCGCCGCCGGGGCUGAAGGAGGGCAUCGCGGGGCUCUACGACGAGUCGUCCGGCCUGUGGGAGAGCAUCUGGGGCGAGCACAUGCACCACGGCUUCUACGACUCCGGCGAGGCCGCCUCCAUGUCCGACCACCGCCGCGCCCAGAUCCGCAUGAUCGAGGAGGCCCUCGCCUUCGCCGCCGUCCCCGACGAUCCGACAAACAAACCCAAAACGAUUGUUGAUGUUGGAUGCGGAAUCGGUGGUAGCUCAAGAUACCUGGCGAACAAAUAUGGAGCACAAUGCUCUGGGAUCACAUUGAGCCCAGUGCAAGCUGAGAGAGGAAAUGCCCUCGCGGCAGCGCAGGGGUUGUCGGACAAGGCUUCUUUCCAAGUUGCUGAUGCUCUGGAGCAACCAUUUCCUGAUGGGCAGUUUGAUCUUGUCUGGUCUAUGGAGAGUGGUGAGCACAUGCCGAACAAACAGAAGUUUGUAAGCGAGCUGGCACGCGUCGCAGCUCCAGGAGGAACUAUCAUCAUCGUGACCUGGUGCCAUAGGAACCUCGCGCCGUCGGAGGACUCACUGAAACCUGACGAGCUGAAUCUUUUGAAAAAGAUUUGUGAUGCAUAUUACCUCCCGGAUUGGUGCUCGCCCUCGGAUUAUGUCAAGAUUGCCGAGUCAUUGUCUCUUGAGGAUAUCAAAACGGCCGACUGGUCAGAAAACGUGGCCCCGUUCUGGCCUGCUGUCAUCCAAUCAGCACUGACAUGGAAAGGCCUCACUUCUCUACUAAGGAGUGGAUGGAAGACGAUAAAGGGAGCACUGGUGAUGCCUCUCAUGAUCCAAGGCUACAAGAAAGGCCUCAUUAAGUUCAGCAUCAUCACCUGCCGCAAACCCCAAGCAGCCAUAGAAGGAGAACCUGAGGCCGCAUCGCCCAGUGUAGAAUAGAACCCAUGUGAUUGGAAUAGACUCGGCUUGCUGUCGCCUCGUAGCUGAAUAAUUUCGUGUUACCGUGCCUCUCUAUCUGCAACUGGAAGUGGCAUAUGAAAGUGGUUCCUAAAGCAAAAUUCUCCUCAGAUUCA